GCCGUGUGGCAGGACCACUACUGCAAAUAUUUGAAUUUGCAAUUUUACUCUCAUCAUCAGUUUUGCUGGCGGCUCUCGGUGUUUCGCCUUCCAAUCGUGGAGCUGUGCAAAUCACAAUAUCACAUACCGAGCAGAACCCGACCUGCACUUUAAGCUUGAGUUCAUUUCACUACCUAAUUCGGUCUUUUCCACUCUUCUUAAACCCUAGUCUGUCUCUCUGCUGCGCUCCGUCGUCUUGCCAGAUCGAUUUGCUGUAGUAGUUUCACACGAGUAGUAUAUCGAGAUCAUGGCGAGGAAAAUGCUUAUCGAUGGAGAGCUGAGCCAGACCAACGAGGCCGAGGAGGCUCACUUUGAUUUUGACUUGUUCGUCAUUGGAGCUGGCAGUGGCGGUGUUCGUGCUUCUAGAUUCUCUACUAAUUUUGGAGCUAAGAAGGUUGGCAUAUGUGAGCUUCCAUUUCAUCCUAUCAGCUCUGAAGUGAUUGGAGGAGUUGGUGGAACGUGUGUUAUUCGUGGUUGUGUUCCCAAGAAGAUUUUGGUGUAUGGAGCAUCUUUUGGUGGUGAACUUGAGGAUGCAAGGAACUAUGGAUGGGAACUGAAAGAAAACCUGGACUUCAACUGGAAAAAGCUGUUGAAGAAGAAGACCGAUGAAAUACUCAGAUUGAAUGGAAUUUACAAGCGGUUGUUGUCCAAUGCCGGGGUUAAAUUGUAUGAAGGCGAGGGAAGAGUUGUUGGUCCCAAUGAAGUUGAAGUUACUCAGUUAGAUGGAACUAAAUUGCGCUACUCAGCAAAACAUAUACUGAUAGCCACUGGAAGUAGGGCGCACAGCCCUGCUAUUCCAGGACAGGAGUUGGCUAUAACUUCUGACGAGGCCUUGAGCUUGGAAGAAAUGCCUAAACGUGCUGUAGUGCUUGGAGGAGGGUACAUUGCCGUUGAGUUUGCUUCUAUAUGGCGUGGAAUGGGUGCUUCUGUGGAUCUCUUUUUCAGAAAGGAACUUCCACUGAGAGGUUUUGAUGAUGAAAUGAGAGCAGUGGUUGCAAGAAAUCUUGAGGGGAGAGGAAUCAAUAUGCAUCCAAGAACAAAUCUCACUGAGUUGAUAAAAACUGAAGAUGGAAUAAAAGUUCGAACAGAUCAUGGAGAAGAAUUGGUCGCAGAUGUGGUACUCUUUGCUACAGGAAGGAUCCCAAAUUCAAAAAGAUUAAAUUUAGAAGCUGUAGGUGUUGAGGUUGACAAGAUGGGAGCUAUCAAGGUCAAUGAGCACUCACAGACAAACAUACCUAGCAUAUGGGCCAUUGGUGAUGUCACAAAUCGAAUGAAUCUUACACCUGUUGCCUUAAUGGAGGGAACAUGUUUUGCAAAAACUGUUUUCGGUGGGGAACCUACUAAACCAGACUACGACCAUAUACCAUGUGCUGUGUUCAGCAUACCACCCCUUUCGGUUGUCGGCCUGAGUGAAGAGCAAGCAAUUGAACAAGCAACUGGCGAUAUAUUAGUAUUCACUUCAAGCUUCAAUCCUAUGAGGAAUACCAUAUCCGGACGACAAGAGAAGACAGUCAUGAAACUUGUUGUCGAUGCUGAUACGGACAAGGUCUUGGGAGCUUCCAUGUGCGGGCCGGAUGCACCUGAAAUUAUGCAGGGCAUUGCUAUUGCGCUCAAGUGUGGAGCGACAAAGGCACAGUUUGACAGCACGGUGGGAAUACACCCUUCUGCUGCUGAAGAGUUCGUCACCAUGCGAUCUGUGAGCAGGCGCGUUGAUGGUGCUAAGAAACCGAAGACAAGUAUGUAAAUACUAAAUAGUAAUACCUAGUAAAAGAAAGGUGAGAGGGGGAGCAUAUCAUUCGUUUGGAAUUUAUCAAUUCAUUCUAUGAAAAGAAACGAUACCCUUGCUUUUGCCAGACCCUCAGGCUCGGGCAGACGUGUUAAAUUAGGUGAGAGAGCACUAGAUGUACUGUAGGCCAUUCUGCUUCUUACUAGAUGCUGUAACUGGUACUAGUAGAGAGUUAGCCGGAACUAUUUGGUCAGUAACGGGAAUGGUCCUUUGUUAGAUGUUAUAGGAAUAAGCGAGAUUAUAACUGGUUUAUAUCGCACUUUGGCUUUCUGUAAGAAUAUUAUGCAGAUGUUGGAACGUACACAAAAUAUGCUUUUGUUCCUUGCAUACGUUGAUACAUGAGAUACUGUAAGAAUUAUUUAUUACAGGCAAACGAGUUGGCUUCUGUAUAUACUCUCUUUCAGCUACUUCGUCUAAUAAUCGAUACCGGUGGAGAGCAACCUACCUAGGAAACUGUUUUACCGUCACAUACAUCACAAGUUAUAAACCCAAGGCCUUCGCAAUAUGCACACUUAGUGUCUUCGCCUAUCCAUUCCAGAAACUGUGGUUCUAUAUUCGGUUCCCCUGUUCCAUCACAUUCUGCAGCAGAUCAACCGGCGUUCACCACGACAAGUGAGGCACUUUGUAGUCCUCGUCACCUUACUUGCAGUGCGUUCUUUGUUUCUGCCAAUAAGCCGCGAUGGUUCCUCCCACCUAUUCUCACCAAGGAGAAAAACUCGGUGCUUCGAUGCCUCGACUUCCUUGGCACCUUCAUCCUUCACCACUUUCUGGUUGGUUUCUGAUAUUCCAGUCAUGAGACCAACUGCAGUCCCAUUCUCAUCGCCCUGUGGAAAAUUGAGAGAGCUCCUUCUCUCAUAUGCCUUCUUGUCUGCGCUGCUAUCUAGAGUUUCAACCUCGGUCCUCGUCUCCACAUACAGCCUUUCGAGCAAUUCCGCACUCAUUAUUCCAUCUUCUGGAGCACCUAAUGUUGCUUGCCAAGUCUUGACAGCACGCUCAGUCCCAGUUGAGAAACUGGAAAACUCCAUAUCCUCCUCCCCUGAGUAGAACCCCAGUUUUUGCAAUGCUUCCUUGGCUACAAAAUUCCUAGAAGAAAUGCAUCAGGAUUGUAUUAUUGCGAGCACACCUGCAUCUCUCGAACUUCCUCUCCUUCGCUUCCCGCUCUCAAUGCUAUCCUCUUCUUCGACUUCGUCUCCUCAGUUUUCACCUCCACAACACCAGCAGCUUGUGACUCUGCCGUCGCCGCCUCCUCUUCCACGUUCUCCUCCAGUAUGAUCGGAGUCGCACUGGACGCGCUCUCCAGAAUCAAGCUCCGGUCCUUCAAAACCUGCAGCAACGCUCCAACAUUCGUCGGUACCGCAUCAGCUCCGACAACCGGAAUCGUCUUCUCCAAGGCCUGGAUUUGGAGCUUCAGCGACUGAAUUUCGCUCAACAGCAACUCCCGCUCGCGAAGCCACCUCUGCUCUUCCCGGAGCCACCGCUGCUCCUCGCGGAGCCACCGCUGCUCUUCGCGGUGCCAAAGAAUUUCCUCGCGAUCGGAAUCCGAAGAGUUCGCGGAGGAGUGAGCAUGGCAGACAAGAGAUUUGUGGAGCGAAGGCUUGGAGUAGAGCGCAAGAAGAGGAAGCGAGGGAGGCGGCUUGUGGCGUUGGAUGAUUGAAAGCGGCGGAUUCAGGGGAACGAGAAAAGAAGAAGACGACGACGACAUUGGAGAGCUCAGUUGAAUCCAGCACUGAGCUGCUGUAAAUGGAUGGGCAAAUUAAUGUUAUAGAUACGAAGAGUGAUAGAAGCUCGAAGAAGAAAGAGAUAUUUACU